AUGUCAUCCCAAUAUGUGGAUUGUGAAAUCCUCCCCAAAAUUUGGGAUGAUACUGAGAGCAUUCGAGCACGCAUUCGUGCUGGUUUGCCCUUGGUUAAUGUGGAUAAAGGGACCGAUGUGAAGAUCCCCAAGUGCGUUGUCAACAUGGAUCUUUUGAUCCCCAUUCUGAAUCAGAUUGGAGAAGGUUGUCGCAUUGCUGAAAUUGACCCGUUACGAGAUGCAUGCGCUGCAGCGUACAAGAUGCACAGUCGCUCUGUCACUGCUGCAGAUGUUGACGAUGCUGCAUGGGGAGUUCGGGACAUGGUUUCGUUUAUCAAACGCAAAGUCCAAAGAGAAGAGGUGAGCCAGGAUCCUACCUUUCAAUCCCUUUGCUUGAUUGUCAACCCAGCGCUUGAGGAUGUUGUGAACGCAGUCAAUGAGAAACGCAAGAACGCCCUGGAAUCUGACAGUGAAGAUGAGGAUGCUGGGGGCAAGGAUGAUGAGGCUCCAGGCCCAAUUCCUACUCAAGAACAGCUACCAUCGGUUACAGUCCCUCCUGCACCGGUUGGCGUGGCUACCCCCCAGCAGAAAGCCCAUGUGUCUCCUGCUCCUGACGAUGCUGAUCCGAAAUCAUCUGAUGGUUCUGCCUUGCCCGGAGUUGGCUCCCUUGGCUCGAAGGAAACUGUCUGGACUGCUUUGGAGUUCAGGCAGGCCAAGCUUCGGGAGAUCCAGCAGAAGCGGCAACAAUUGGCAGCAGCAUUGGCUUCGAAGUCAGCGCCACCUAGCGCUGAUACUGGAGUGACGCGUGCUCUGGGACGAGGCCAAUCGGAUCCUAUCUUGGGUGGAGCCACUGAUGAGCACGAUACCAUGCCAAUGGGGACACAGGACCUUGAGGCAGCUGUGGCUGCAGCUGCUGCGCCUCCUGUUUCUCCUCCUUCAGCCAAAGGUGCCACAUGGGAUGAUGCGGCCUUGCGGUCAGACAGCCCAGGGACGAAACGUGCCAAAUACCAACAACGGGUGGAAAUUGAUGCUCAAUCAGAGGUUCCACAAGAAGAUUCUACCAGUCAUGUUCCCAGUGAUACUAAAGGGGAUGAAGCCGAAGUUCCAGAUCACACCUCCUCGGAUGCCGAGCCUGAAGUGGCUGGACCACCGAAGGUCUUCACUCGCCGAGAUCAACUUUCCCUUCGUGCUGGGAAGAAAGAGGAGAAUGCAAAGACCAAGAAACAGAAGAACAAUCAGACCGGAGAAGAGAAGAAAGCUGACAAGAGAAAAAGAUCGGCCAAAACUUCGGAGAAGAAAGAUGACAAGACCAAUGGAGAAGACCAGAACCAGAGCAAAAGAAGAAAGGCUUCAACUGCUUUGGAUGGCGAGGGUGGCAUGCCUGACCAGCCAAAGGCCAGCGCAAAGGCAAAGAGCAAGCCAUCGCCCAAGUCAAAAGCAGUGAAAAAGUCCAAGAGUGCAGACAAGAAGCCGGAGAAGAAGAAGAGCCAGAAGAGUCAGAAGAAUCAGAAGGAGCCGAAGGAAAGCCAGAAGCCUGAGAAAAAGAAGCAUGCGAAAAAGACUGAGAAGACAGGAGAGACAGACAAGAAGCCGAGAGCCAGGUCAAUCAAGGUGUCUGAGGUAGAUGUGGAGGCUCACCCAGACUUGCAAGCUGAGAUUGCUUCGUGGGUCAAUGACAACAUCGACUACAAAGACUUGGCCACUUUGAAGGCAUGUGUCAAAGAAGCCCGUCUCAGGUUUGACUUCUUCCGGCUCAACAUCUACUGGACUACCUUCAAAUGCGGCUUGACCAUGCGAAAAAAUGGUGAAAAGGAAGGCGAUGUGGCCAACUUCAGCUUCUUUGAGAAGACCCUUCGAGCUUGCGCAGCAUACUACAUGGACGAGUCGGAUGCUCCUGACGUUGCAGCUUUUGAGAAGUCGCUGGAGGAGUGGAAGCAGGCCUACCAGAUGGCUGGUGCUGCGGUUCUGCACCAGAACAUGGUGUGA